UUUAUCCCUGGUCAAACACGCCCUUUUUCUUGGAGACGGAGCGGAUCUGGGAACUUCGCGUGUAAAUGGACCAAGUUGCGUUUAAAGUCUUGAAACUGAAACAGAAUAGUGAAUGCCCUUCAAAAGCUGCUUAAAGUGAGAAGAAAUAACCGUCACCAACAGGAUUUGAAGCGGAACUUUUUUUGUAUGUUGGAACGAGUAGGCUAUUAGCCGACUUGUAAAAAAAAAAAAAAAAAACACUUGCUACCGGGAGUUUGCGGACCCAGCCGUAUGGUGAGGGAAAUCCAGUCGUCGCCGGUUCUCCUGACACCAACUUGGCAUUUGGUAACCUGGUGACCCACCGGAGGGCUUGAGAUGUCAGGCAACGACAGAGGCAUCCGCGCGCUCAGGGAGCUUCUCCAAAAGCCAGGGAAUCAGGCCUGCGCUGACUGCGGUGUGCCCGGUCCAGAAUGGGGCUCCUGUUCGCUGGGCGUCUUCAUCUGCCUGGGCUGCUCUGGCAUCCACCGGAACAUUCCGGACAUCGGGAAAGUCAAGUCGCUCACGCUGUCCCGCUGGGAAGACUCGGAAGUGCAGUUCAUGGCAGAGAAUGGGAACGCCGUGGCCAAGAGCCGGUACGAGGCAGCGGUGCCGAUCUACUACUACAAGCCCACUCACAAAGACUGCCAGGUCUUGAGGGAGCAAUGGAUCAGAGCCAAGUACGAGAGGAGAGAGUUCACGGAGGCUGGGAAGAAGCUGACCUACGAGGAGGCAAUCCGGGAUGGCAUGAUGAUGAAGAGGGGGCGGGACAACGGCCAGUUCCUCAGCCGACGAUUCGUUCUCUCUGAGAGGGAAGGAUCAAUCAAGUACUACACAAAAUAUGAUGCUAAAGAACCCAAGGCAGUGCUCAAGGUGGACAACAUGAACGCCUCUUUCCAGCCAGAGAAGAUCGGCAACCCCAACGGCCUGCAGAUCACAUACCUGAAAGACUACAGCACUCGCAAUAUCUUUGUCUACCACGAGAACGGCAAGGAGAUAGUUGACUGGUUUAAUUCUAUUCGAGCUGUGCAGCUUCACUACUUAAGUGUGGCUUUCCCUGGAGCCACAGAUGCUGAGCUAAGGCCAAAGCUGACCCGGAACUUUCUGAAGGAGGGUUACAUGGAGAAGACAGGCCCCAGGCAAACCGAAGGCUUUAAAAAGCGCUGGUUCACCCUGGACCAUAGACGCCUCAUGUACUUCAAAGAUCCACUGGAUGCCUUUGCCAAAGGUGAGGUGUUCCUUGGCAACAGCGACCUGGGCUACAGCGCCAGCGCCGGUCUGCCCGCCGGCACGCACUGCAACGGCUCCUGGUACUACGGCAUCACCAUAGUGACGCCCGAGCGCAGCUUCCUGUUCACCUGCGAGACGGAGAGCGAGCAGCAGGACUGGCUGAGGCACUUCAACGACGUGCUGAGCUCACAGAUGUCCCCGCAGGAGUACAGCAUGGAGGCUCUUUACAAGUACAAGCACUGAUGAAGCUGGACCCCCCCCCCCCCCCCCCUUCCUUUCAUCGGCUGUGUGCAAGACUCAACCAGCUCAUCGUCCUUGACCUUUAACCCUCAGGGGUCCUAGCAAAGGGUGAACUGUGUAUGAGCCAAUCUGGUGUAACACUACUGAAAGCUUUAUUUCAUGAACACGUCAUUGUUAUUAUAUUCAACAGCCCAGGGCUCGCUAUACACUAUUACACUAUAAGUAUUUUAAGAGUACUCUAUAGUCCAUUGUCAUUCAAAAAGGUGUUUUAUACAUUGUGUUGUGGUAGAUUUUUGUCUUAUAAAAUCAUGGCUGGGAACAUAUAGACUGAGUAACAGAUGAUGUGUUUUCUUUUUAUUUUUUCACAAUUAUUUGUCUUUGGUCGCCACCUAGUGGUGAUUUUAUGUCCACAACUUUCUAUUUUUUGUUUCGCACUGUUGUGGAAGGUGACUAGUGAGUAAAACCAAAUCUUGAACAAAGCAGCCAUUUUUGUUAGAUUAUCUCACAUGAUUUAUGAAUUAUGCCUCUAAUGUUAGUGUUGUAUGCCUUUAUUGUGGUUUUGUUUGUAUCUUGUUUGUGCCAGAGCUCACCAUCAGUAUAAUGUGUAGAGGAGAACAGGUUGGUGGGUCUCACACAUGGAGUCUCGGUUUAUAAUAAAAGACUAGUUUCUUUGCCAUGUA